AUGACGAACUUCGCAACCCUCGCAGCCAUCUUUGCAGCCCUCCUGGUGACGUCUCGUGUCGCCUCGGCCUACCGGACCACCAUAACCACCGUCGAGAUUGACGACGACAAAAACGAGAGGCGCGGAAGCGGGAGCUGCCACGAGCAAGUCCAAACGCACGGCCUCGAGCAAUGCGAGCAGCUGUUCCACGACAUUGGCCACGGCGGUAGCCGAUUCGGCAGCAGCGAGAGGGAGCGAAUGAUGGAGUCGCAUCACUUCAGGCCGUGCUGCCAGCAGCUGAGGCAGGUGGAAGAGCAGUGCCGGUGCCAUGGGAUUAGGCAGAUCGUGAGGGAGGAACAGAGGGAGGUCAGGCGCGAGGGAAUGCACAGGUUGGUGAGAUCGGCUCGGGACUUGCCUUCGGAGUGCGGCUUUUCGAGUCCUCGUCAAUGCGAGAUGAGAGCCAUUUGGUUUUGA